UAUUAGACGCCAUUGAAUUUCUAGAAAACCUAUCAGUUGGUUAGUAACCACCACCACAAGACAGACGUUCGGAGUUCAGACCUUCAUAAAUGUUUAAUUAAUGUUCCGUGGGAUGAUACAUUUUAAUUUCCUGCUAUUAUCCAUCGUAUUUGCUUAAGUGGAAACAAGGUUAGAGCUUGGCAGUUGGCAGCAUCAGUAAAAAUGAUUCCAACUAAUCGAAUUCAGUCGCUAAUUCACCCUUAUUAUCCAUACCGUGACACAUUUGCCGUUAAUGUGCUAGAAAAUUACAAAUUUACUGAACUGGUUGGUAAUGAGAUCAAGAUUCUGUUUCUUGGAUGUGUGGACCUAAGAAGCAUUUUGAAGACAGUAUCAGCAGGAAAUGUAGAACACUUCCAAUUUCAUCUGAAUUGUUCUUCCCCGUUGGUUUUGGCACGAAACAUGUUGAUACUCAAAAUCAUAACCUCCCAAGAUUUUGAUACCAAGAAUGAUGAAGAUGUUGCUUUCCUAUGGGAUGUUUGGUAUAAUAUGGAUUGGCCAGAACAAACCCAACAUCGAUUUAAAUUGGUAUUGAGGGACCUAUUGGACAAUGAUCUACCACUAAACAUUACCAUCACUAAUAACAGUCAGUCCUUGGAAGAUAUAAGAACAGUGUGGUUAUCAUGGUGGUUAUUUGUGGGUUUGUCUACUUUGGAAUCCCAUUCAGCAAGAAAAUCGCUGCUGGAGAAAAUCAAUGAAGAAAGGCUGAACUAUAUUGUGGAAGGCUGGCGACAACUCCACAGCAAAGAUAUAAAUCCGCAGGGGAUAUACAGCAAAUCAUUGAUUCCAGAAGCUGUAGAUAACUUUGCGUUUCAUCUAGAUUCCAAGUUUAAACAUCUGGGUGAUGCAACAAGGAAGAAAGUUCACGAAGAAGCUAUGCGAUUUUUCUCAAAAGGAAGCUGUCGGCUGCGAAAUGGAAAUUCGAACGAUGCUUUCGUCAACCCAACUAUGAUGCUAGAUCCAACGACUCCCCAUUGGAAUGUUGCUCCGAAACUAUCACCAUUCGAUAGUUUUCUGCCGUUAACUGAGGAAGAGCUUGAUAUGUCUGAAGGCGAAAUUCUAAUUCGUUCUUGUCAGAAAAUACUCACGACCCAAAUAGCCGGAUAUCGAAGUCGUCUAGAAACAGUCAAAAUUGUUUUCCACCUGGAAGAUCCCAUGAAGUUUUUCUAUUCAGACACAACCAACCUAACCUUUGACGUCAUUGAUUGUUCAAGCUUAUCGGACACCGUUGGAUUACUUAAUCUCAUCGUGGGAAGUAGCAAGAAAUUGGCCGAUACUCCUGAAGCUAUUUUCUUAACCGAGAGCACGAAUUGGCAAAACUCAGCAAUCUCUGCAGUGGAAUACGUCGAAGAAGCUCUUUGUUCUCCUCUGAGCAUGAUUCCGACACUUUACGGAUUGAAACUGGCUAAUCACAUCGAAUUGGGCUCUUCGCUACCUACUUUUGAAUGCUUCUUGUUGUACUCCAUUAAGCUUUGCUGGAAAAGGGCAUCGCCUUUCCGUAAUGUAGUACCGAGUCCGUCUCCGGAGAUGAGUCGUUGGUUUCAAGAACUUGCGAAAAAGUGUUUCUUAGUUGGAGAAGGAUGGACAGACAAAUAUCGGAACGAAAAUCCUAAGAAGUCAUGUGGUAUGCUCUGCUACACCCCUCUCUCGUUCAGCUACGCAGUGAACUCGAUGAUUCAGCGCGUUGGUGGUGAUUUUUUGAAAGACAUCGAGAAGUUGGAACUGCCGUCUAUAUUUAGACUUACUUGGCGAACUUUUGAAAGCUGGAAGAACAACGAAAUUGUCAUGAAAUUUUCUGCUGUUUUGAAGGGCUCUCCAUUCCAGAAUUUUUUGCUCAAAGCGUUAAUCGAACUGAGAAAAACCCCUGUGUUGAGGCUUAUGCUGAUCCCCAAGAACGAAGUUCACUGCUUUGAUCAAUGUGUUUCGGAAAUUCGUUCUCAACAGAGGCCCUGGUUGAAGAUACCUAAUGCUCACGUUAUCGAAAACUUCGAAAUGGAUGUACAAAAGACUUCGGAUGGAUCCGUCAGCAAAACUGUUGUGUCAUUUCUAAUGGUGUCGAAUCAUGGCAUUGAAAAUACGCAUUGUGCCGUCCUUUUUGAACUGAUGACUGGAGUGCCAAUAGUGAACUCUGGAUUGGUGUCAGCUAUGCGAGUGACAAAAUAUGAUCAUUCAUUCCCAUGGAAUUCUAGAGUACCAACAGUACUUCCACAUCUGUCUGCAGUGCGAAUGGGCGUCAUCAGUUGCAACGAGGAUCCGUACCAAUACGCCGUGGAAAUAAUGAUUGAAUGUGUCGGAAAUAUCUCGGGUUUAAAAGUCUCCACAAACCAAUGUCUACCCUGUGAGUCUAUCCACGAUGUGACGCUAUCGUUGAGUCAGCCAAAAAACAUGGAACCGUUGGUUUUGUCCUUUCCUCAUCCCAUCCUUGUCGACGGAAUCAAUGCUACACUUCACCGCACAACCCGUUCGAUCAAAUUAGUCUUGAAGAAGGCUCUUUCGGAGCCCUGGCCUUGUGAAUUUGAAGUGGAUCAUUGCAAAUUGAAUGCGGAUUGCUUAAAACCAUGGGUAAAAGACAAAUGUUUACUUUUAACUCAUCUCCUUGGCAGCGUGGCCCGGGUCUACGAAAACUCGAAUCCGCAAAUUUUGGCUCUGAAAAAAGUCCGGGAAAUUGUAGCAAAACUGUUUGUGGAGUCAACAAUCAACGGCCAUGAAUAUGUUCGCAUCCAGAAAGAAGGUUCGACGGGAAGUCCCGAUUGGUAUAUUCGAAUUCACUCCCCACAUCGCGUUACUCCGCUGAGCGCUCCUUUGUUAAUCAUAUCAGCUGUUGACAAACGUUUGACGGAAAAACUUGUGCAGCAAGGAAAGUUGGAUAAGUCUCGUGCUGAUAAAGAUUUAUUGCGGAUUUGGGAAUCUCCAAGAUGUAAAAAAAGCGCGAAGGGCAAAGAUAACCCACUGACGAUCCUGAUUGGCAAUGCAGAAGAAGCUCAGUUACUCCGCUUCGUUUUACGGCUGAAUUCCACUAAGAUCACACCGAGUGCCUGGCAACGCAAAAAUCUUCCUCUUGGAGAGAACAGUCCAUGGUUGGCAACGUUCAUUACACCGCUCUACCAAGACAGUCCGCUUGACACCGAGUAUGUGGAGAGUAAAAUCUCACCUGCAGUUCUGCGUUAUUAUGAAGGAAAACAAGUGAAUGACAGAUAUCGCUGUGCCGCAUGUGACGCCAUUUCCCCACACCUUAAGCAGUGUGGCCGCUGUCGCAAUAUUUUUUACUGUGAUGUUCAAUGUCAACGAGGGGAUUGGGUUAAUCACAAAAGCACUUGUUCAAAGCAGUGAAUGAACACCUAUGUAUUGUUGAUCCCUACCCCCCAAAACACUUAAAGUUCCCUUUAAAGUUCUUAACUUUCUGAGCUUUCAACCGUUUCAAAUUCAAUUGUUUGUUUUUGCGUUCUUAGCUGUUUGUUCGCUUAAGCAAUGUGUCCUUUUUAUGUAACUGCUAAAAAUUGCUCAACUACCAGACUUCAAGUACGAUAUGCGUAGUUCAAAGUUAUCCUGAAUUGGAUAUUGUAUUUCAAGGUUAUCAAAAAAUUUCGAGUUUAAUGGUCAAAUAGACAUUGUCCUUUUCUACUUA